AAAGGGAUGGAAGCCGCGUUCCUGUCGGGACAGUUUCUCCAUCCCCUGUAGCUUCAUAGCAGUGGCUGCGCGCUCCGGUUAGGACUCUCUAUGUCCAUGUAUGCGCGCUCCGGUCAGGACUCUCUAUGUCCUUCUGUGCGCGCUCCGGUUGGGACUCUAUGCCAUCGUGUGCGCGCUCCGGCCGGGACUCUCUCUGACCGUGCGCGCUCCGGCCGGGACUCUCUCUGACCGUGCGCGCUCCGGCCGGGACUCUCGCUGACCGUGCGCGCUCCGGUCGGGACUCUCGCUGACCGUGCGCGCUCCUCUCGGGACUCUCUCUGACCGUGCGCGCUCCGGUCGCAACUUGGACAGUGUGUACAGUGUGCAGUGUCUGGUUCGGAGGCUGUUAACCCGGCUCCUGGUGUUCGCGGGGGGAGCAGCUGCUACUCUCGUUGUGUUCGUUGCGGCCUCUUUUGGAGGUUCAGGUACAUCAUCGAAUUGGCUCACAGGAAAGCCUGGGUUGAUUUGAAGCAUCUACCUUUUUUUAUGGAGUUGGGAGAAGCGUUUGACAAUGUUGGAGUUGAAGUCUGUUUUUGACAUUCAGAGUGAAGUUGUACCUUGGCUGUUGAAGAACGAGCUGGUUCCUCUUAAUGACAAUGGUGAAUCUACGAGCCCUUCAAGAACCGAUUUGCAGAUUGUGAAUGUUGAAAAGAACGGCAGUGUCCUGUUCACUUGGAAGGGUAAGAAGGGAACCACAUGUAUUGGCUUGCAUGAUCUUCACCAAAAACAGAACAAGCUGCUGUAUACUUUUCAUAAAGAAGUGUUUCCCAUCAGUUGCUCUGUCAACAUGGAAAAAACUUUGCUGGCUGUAAGUUUCCUACAGUUUGCUGGAAGAAGCUUGCCAUUAGAAACAUUCAGAGCAGUCUCCAGAUGUUUGACUUUGUUGAUUGAAAUUCAUCCAGUCAAUAAUACAAAAGUCUUAAAAGCUGUCGAUUCGAAUGUCAAAGUUCAGUUUCUCUAUCAAGAUUCUGAUUCAGAUUCAAAGCUGUUGCCUGAAAGCCACCUGCUCAUAGUUUCAGAAGAUGGAUAUAUUGAAUAUAUUCAUAUAAGAGUGGUUGUUGAAGAAGGUUACAAAGUGACAAUUCAGAAUCCAGACCAUCUUCCCAAAGAGAUUGUGGCUGAAGACUUUUUGUGGGCACAAUGGGAUGCAGAAGCACAGAGGCUGUUCUGUAUUCUUGAAAAGGAAAACAAUGCAGUUCUGAUGGGUUUCCAGUUUUAUCCAGACGGGAGCAAUGGAAUAUUGAUUUCUUUCUCCCUUGGAUUCUCCUUAACGGUUACGAGAUUAUGUCUUGUAAAUUUUGGGUACAAUCAUUUUCAAGAAGAAAAGGAAUCUUCCAAAUCUUUGAAUCUGCAAAUAUUCUCAAAUCAUACAGGUGCCUUGUCUGUGUGCUACAGUCAUCCUGUGCAAAAUGAUCAAGAACUUAUUUAUUCAGUGAUUCUUCUGCAUUAUGGAAAGAGGAAAACAUUUAGAGUUACCUUGGAGAAGUCCAAAUAUGCCUGUAUAAGUGAAUUGGUCUUUCUAAACAUGGGUUAUUAUGUAGCUGUUUAUCUGCCUGGAUGUUUUUUACAUCUCAUUAACGUACAACACCCUCAUCUUAUUUGCCAUAGUCUGUUUCUGUCAGGGGAGGAUGCCAAGGUGACGCCCUGGAAUCUCCACCGGUAUACGUUAUUGUCUAACUGGCUGCUGGAUUGCCAUUUGGGGAAAAUCUAUAAAGUUGAGCUUAACCCGCUGUUACUGAUGCUGUUUAUGCGCGGCAGCAAGCUGGGCUGCCAUCAACGUGCUGCGAUGCACUGUGCAGUCAUGUAUCUCCAGAAUAAUUCAGAAGUUGAACCACAGAUUAUUCACUGGUUGUGUGAUUUGUCUGCCUCUGCCUGUUCUGAUCUUGUUCAGGAAUUCAUCAUUGGUACUUUAUACAGGAAAACAAUCUCAGUAACAAAUGCCAUUGCAAAACUCCUGCCUUACUCAUCUUUAUUAAACUGGAAUGGGGAAAUACCUGGAGUAACAUGCACAACAGAAACUAUUUUGCAAUCUGUUGGAGGAAAGGUUUGUUAUUGUAAAAGUUUCUGGGAAGAGGUGAAUAGGAAUGUGGAAUCUCUGAAGAAUUUAGAAAGUUUUCACAAUGCAUUAUACACAAACAGAUAUUUGAGGAGAAUACAAUCAGAACUAUUUUCAGAAAUGCGCAAGGAUGCAAGAGCAAUCAAACAUUUCAGAAGUCUAUUGGAAAAUGCCAAAACGAUUCUUUCAAAAGUGGAUACGUGGUCCCAAGGGCACCAAGUGGUUCCUUUCUUUCAAGAAGAAGACUGCCAGCAGAUGGCGCUAAUAGGCUUGGUGGGUGAAAAGCUGAAAGAACAUCUACUGAAAUAUGUUCAUUCCCUCGGAAAGAAAAGGAUUGAUGUGAUUGUUAAUAACUACGUUGUGAAUUUGCUUGAAUGCAUACAGACGAUUGUGAAUGCAAUAUGGAAAAACUGUGGCCUCAGUACCCACACACUAUGCUUGUCCAACAGAGAGAAGAUAAAUUCUGGAGAAUUUGUCGUAUUCCAUAUGAUGAUUUAUAUUUUGCAAGCUGUUGAAGGACUUUCUCUGCCUCUUCCACCAGGUUAUUACACAAUUCACAUAAUCCUUGGUGCACGUUGCCUUCCUUUGCACACCCUCCUACAUUAUAUUGAUCUUGGAGUGUUACAUCCAACCGAGCAGUUUGUUACCAUGUUACUUGAAGAACUUGAUGAUUCUGAAGUAAAUGAAAGAUUCAAAUUUAGUAUUGUAGCAAGAAUUCCAGAGAUCAUUGAGCAGAAGGUCUGUUCCCUAUGGGACCAUCCGGUCAGCUUGUCAUAUGUUGCUAGGAAGUAUGUCGAAACACUUCUGAAGAAACUUCCCACCCAACAGACAUCAAGAAAAAAUUCUAUUAGGGAUCAGACUCCAUAUGAGUCUGAAUUUUUGCCACUGGCUUACCUGGCAAGAGCCUUAACAGAAGUGGAAGAUCAAGCAUUGGACUCAUUUGGAGAGCCAGAGAAUGUGGAUACCAAGUUUGUGGAAGAAGUAGCAUUGAAACAAACAUUAAUUCUUCUUGGCCUUGAAAAUAAAUAGAAUAUACAGCAUGGAACAGCCCCUUCUGGCCCACAGAGCCGCGCCACUCAGCAACCCACCUAUUUAACACUAGCCUAAUCACAGGACAGUUUACAAUGACCAAUUAACCUACUAAUCAGUACAUCUUUGCAUUGGGAGAGGAAAUUGAAGCAUCCGGAGGAAACCCACAUGGUCACGGGGAGAAAGUACAAACACCUUACAGAAGGUGCAGGAAUUGGACGUUGAACUCCUAGGCUCUGAGGUGUAAUAGCAUCGCGCUAACUGCUACGCUACAGUGGCGCCCACAGAUAGAAGACAUUGGGCAGAUUGGCUCUUUAAGAAGUAGGUAUAGAUUCCAUUCAGUUGACAGUAUUAAUUUUGCUCGCAAUUGUUGAUAUAACAUUUUUCAGUUUUCAAAAGGGACAACUGCUUGUUCGUUCUAUCAGCCAGCUUAUAUACAAGUACUUAGUGGCCCUGUCUGACCUUUAAUCGCAAAUAAAGGAGUAUGUACAAUUUUAGAAUCAUAGAAAAGUACAGCACAGAAAUAGACCCUUUGGCCCAUCUAGUGUGUGCUGAAUUAUUUAAACUGCCUACUCCCCUCGGCCUGCACCGGGACCAUAGCCCUCCAUACCCCAACCAUCCAUGUACCUAUCCAAACUUCAUUUAAACAUUGCAAUCAAGCUUGCAUGCAUCACUUGUGCUGCCACCUCGUUCCAUACUCUCACGACCCUCUGAGUGAAGAAGUUUCCCCUCAUGAUGCCCUUAAACUUUUCAUCUGUCUAUACCCCUCAUCAUUUUGUGUACUUCUAUCAAAUCUCUCAAUCUUCUACAUUCCAAUGAAUAAAGUCCUAACCUAUUCAACCUUUCCUUAUAACAAAGGUCCUCCAGACCCAGCAACAUCCUUGUAACUUUUCUCUGUACUCUUUCAACCUUGUUUACAUCUUUCUUGUAGAUAGGUAACCAACACUGCAUGCAAUGCUCCAAAUUAGGCCUCACCAACAUCUUAUACACUUCAACUUAUCAUUCCAUUUACUGUACUCAAUACUUUGAUUUAAGAAGGCCAAUGUGCCAAAAGCCUUCUUUAUGACCUGAUCUACCUGUGCUGUCACUUUCAAUGAAUUAUGGACCUGUAUUCCCAGAUCUUGUUUUGCAACACUCAGUGCCCUACCAUUCACUGUGUAAGACCUACACUGGAUGGUCCUACCAAAGUGCAGCACCUUGCACUUAUCUGCAUAACAUUCCAUCUGCCAUCUUUCAGCCUAAUUUUCCAGCUGGUCCAGAUCCCGCUGCAAGCCAUGAUAGUCUUCCUUGCUGUCAACUACAUCCCCAGUCUUGUUAUCAUCCACAAACUUGCUGAUCCAGUUAACCACAUUCUGAUCCAGAUCAUUGAUAUAGAUGACAAACAAUAAUGGUCCCAGCACUGAUCCACUAGUCACAGGCCUCCAGUCAGAGAAGCAACCAUCUACUACCAAUCUCCGGCUUCUCCCGCAAAGCCAAUGUGUAAUCCAAUCUACUAUCUCAUCUUGAAUAUCGAGUGACUGAACCUCUUGACCAACCUCACAUCCGGGACCUUGUCAAAUGCCUUGCUAAAGUCUAUGUUGACAACAUCAACUGCCUUGCCUGCAUAAGCUUUCAUGGUAACUCUCUCUAAAAAAAGUUAUGAUUGGUUAGAUACGAUCUGCCACAUACAAAGGCAAACUGAGUAUCCUUAAUCAGUCCAUGUCUAUCCAAAUACUCAGAUAUCCAGUCAUUUAGAACACCUUCCAAUAACUUUCCCACUACUUAUAGACUCACCGGCCUAUAAUUUCCUGGUUAUUUUUAGAAUAUUUUGUAAACAGUGGAACAACACUGGAUGUCCUCCAAUCCUCUGGUACCUCACCUGUCACUAAAGAUGAUGUAAAUAGUUCUGCGAUGUCUUUGAUUGAAGCAUUUAAUAAUGAAAUUUGCCUGUUCUUGUUUGAGGCAUUAUUCUGCAGAGUUUCUUUGUUCUAACAGAUGAAGUAGAUACAAAAUAGUUUUCACUUUAAAAUACUGAGGAAUGACAAGAAAAAACUGCACCUAGUGUAAAAGAACCUCUUUUAAAGAUCAUUCUACUUGUGUUAAUUUGAUCAUUUAUAAAACUGAGGGGCAUAGAUAAGGCAAGUAGAAUCUUUUGCCUGGGGCGGGUAAGUCUAGAGGGAUAGGUCACAGGUUUAGGGUGAGGAGAGAAAGAUUUAUGAGUAAUCUGAGGAGAGAUUAGAGAAUUAGGCAGUGCUGUUGGCAUGGGUGAGGGAAAGUUGAGGGUGCCCAUUUUUGUGAUUACAUUAAUAUAAAAUAUUGCUGAUGUUUAUUUUGAUUUAGUGGAGUGUACAGUAUGUUUGAUGAAGUAAUUUACUUAAAGGGCAGAGGGACGUAAUAUAUUGUGCUAUUUGUAAUAUAGGAAUUACAAUUUGUAAUAUAGGAUGUCGAAAUUUAGUUUUAUUCCAUUAAUGCAAUAUAUUUAGUCAGUAAAUAUAAACCUUUUCUUAGCUUAAAGCAGGAUAAUGGACAUAGAUGCCAGGAAAUGUAUACUGAUAUUUUCAAAGAACUAUGACUGUCACUGUUAUUUGGAAAUGGUUAUUAUAAAAAGAACUUUACAAAAGGAAAUGGCCGUUUUAUCUGCAUUGACAUUUUCUAUUAAUAACACCUUUUAAUGUUUUUUAUCCAAUUGUGGUUUAAUGUCACUUUAAUAUGGCUGAGGAUAAGGUGCUCUAUACUAAGUAAACUUGUUUAUUUUUAAGGAAUAACAUUUUUAAAUGUUUCAGCAUGUGAAGCCUAAGCCCAACUUAGAUCACAAAACAUUACAAACAACCCACUCAUCUGCUUCACCUGUGCCUCCUGGCCACUUCAAAAUUCAGAGAACUUAAGUAGAAUUAAGUCAACAUUCGAGGGAAACCUAAGAGAAGAUUAAUGUUUCUCUGUUUUGGUAUACACUGCAUUGAGAGAUGAACAUCUACUGUUUGCAGGAAUUGAACUUGUAGGUCUUUUCUGAAGUUCUUCUAAUACAAGUUUGUAAUUUAGUUCACAUUGUACAUUGGUACUAGUGUAAAUGUAAGUUAUUGUUGUUCAAGUCAAAAGAGCAUAACAAUUAGCUUAGUCCUGACGAAGGGUCUCGGCCUGAAACGUCGACUGCACCUCUUCCUACAGAUGCUGCUUGGCCUGCUGCGUUCACCAGCAACUUUGAUGUAUGUUGUAACAAUUAGCUUGAUGUUAUUACAGCUUGAGGUGUCAGAGUUUGGAGUUCUGUGCCAAUGCUGCUUGUAAGGACCUUGUGCAUUCCUCAGUUUCCAAAGUUGGACCACUGUAGGUUAAUUGGUCAUUGUAAAUUGGCCUGUGGUUAGGCUAGGGGUUAAAUUGAUGAAUUGCUGGACAACGUGCCUCCGUGCUGCAUCUCUGAAUAAAUAAAAUAUGUCAGGAUAUUGAAACUCAAAACAUUGCAGAUGCUGGAAGUCUGAAAUAAAAACUAGAACUUUAUGGUAAAACUCAGCUGGUCAGUCAGCUUCUGUGGAAAGGAAUUAACAUUUUGGGUCAAAGAUCCUUUGUGAGAACUGGGAAAGAGACAAAACAAGUUAGUUUUAAAUUGCAGAGGAAGUUAGGGAGGUGUGGAAUUGGUUAUGAUAAAGGAAGUAUCCUAGAUUGGAGGCCUUCAUUACCCUGCUGAUUAUUUGUAGAGGCCCUCUAAUCAAUUGAUUCACUGAGGCAGUUAGAGGAAAAGAACAUGAACAAAACCAUGAGAUAAGGAUGGCUAGUGAAUGAGGAUACAAACAAAAGGAAGUGUAAGAGUGCAACAUCUAGGGCUGUAAAGUAUAUCCAGGUCAGGCUCUGCUCAUGGAGAGAAAAACAAUGCCAAUAUCACAGAUGUUGUUAGUAAACCUUCUCAAUAACCUCUGUUCAUUAUGAAUUACUGCUUCAAUUAUAUUGUAUUUCCAAAAAUCUCUAUGAUUAAUUUCUUAAUGCAUACUUCACAGAAAUUUAUUACCUGAUGAAAAUAGUCAAAAUUACAAAAAUUUUGUUAACUUUUUAUUUUGUUAUAAAGAUUGCUAGAGAAACUAUGCAACCUUGAUACAAAACUCACAGUAACAAAAUAGAUGUGGAAUUUUAAGGUUUUAAUUGUUUUGUGUUUUAUUUGUUUAGUAUACAAAUCAAUUCCGCAUUCUAUUCAUUAGGUUCUGUAGAACAUGGCACAGUAAUUUACUAAAGAUUGAUCACAUACCACAAUAAUGAAAUACUUUUAGUGUAAGAGUUAGUUUUUAUCUGUUGGCAUCUUGCAUCUAAAGUAGCAAAUUUCAGUUGUAAUCAAAAAUAUUAAAAUUAAUUCAGGAAAAUUAAUUUCUGUCUGUUACUUGUUUAAUCAUUGUAAACUCAGUCAAGUAUCACAAUCUAAAUAUAGAAAUGAUUAAUUAUCUAGCAGAUUUUACAAAAACAUACAUCUUAUGUAUAUAAUAAUUUCAAAUGUUUAAUGAACACUGCUUUGAAGAAGGAUUUUAU